AUGAGGGCAGUGCCCAUCAUCCGCAGCAGGACAGGCUGCUUCACCUGUCGUCGUCGCAAAAAAAAGUGCAAUGAGGAAAAGCCCGUGUGUAUCGGGUGCAAGCGCAACAAGUUGGAGUGCACAUGGCCAGCCGACAGGGCCACGCAAGGACAGCAGCCGCACCGCAAUCGAGACAAUAACGCCGUGUCUGCGUCCGCCACGUCAAAACUGGCGGCUUCUUCAGCUUCGUCGCCCACCUCGCCGUUGCCGGAAUGGAGGAGUUCCGAUUCCCGUCACUCAACCCCGACCUUGACUGUGCAGCUCCAGCUGCAGCUGCAGCAAGCCCAGCCGGUGACGUCGCCCCUGGAGGUGGUCAACUCGGAUGCAUUCGAGGAUGCAUCAGACAAGCCCAUGACACCUGCAUCCCCUAUCACGCCGUUUGAAACGCUGCCAUCACCGAUCCCGGACAACAGCCUGGUGCACCAUCAUGUGCCAAACGAUCCGGCUCUCGCUCUCGUAUUCGGGCGGGAAAAUCUCACCCGGGACAACAUCUAUAUGCAUGACAAUAUCCCCAUCAAUAUGAGCUUGCUACCAUCUCAUGGCCACGAUUCUUUCGAGUUGUUGAGCUACUACCUUGCCCGUACAGCCAACAGUAUGGGAAAUGGGUCCACCGACAGUAAUCCAUUCGUGGCCAAACUCAUUCCUCUGGCCUUUUCCGAUCCCCUGGUGCUGCAUCUCAUCCUUGCACAAAGUGCCGUGCAUCGCCAGGCUUCCGACGAGUGUUCAUCUGGAGGUGAAGUUGCCACGAGAUACUACACCGACUCGUUGAGGAUGUUUCGACGACUUGUGGGGGAGUACGUUUCUGGGAGGAAUGAUGAUAAUCUAGUUGUUACCGUUGGCAGUCUUAUUCUGUGUCUAACAGAGGUAGCGAGGGGAGACGCAAACGGCACAAUUUUCGAUCACCUCGCGGCAUCCGAGUCGCUCCUCACAAAUCUGCUCAACAGACACGAACCAGCAUUCUCAGACGAUCUGCAAGAAUUCCUGGUAGAGUACUACAUGCACAUGGUGGCAUCCAGCAUGAUAUCCAAAGACCCACGCGGCACCUCGCAAGCCGCACUUAGCCCUGCCAUCGAAAACGCGGCCAAGCGGCUUCUGUCCAAAAACUACAUGGGCCAGCUCUGCGGCUGCUGGCUCGAGAUUCUAACUAUAAUCCCCCAAGUCUUCCAGCUCGGCCAAAGCAUGCUCCGAACAGGGGAUGAACCCGGCCUACCCACUUCGCCCGACGACAUCAUCACAUUUGGCCUCUUGCAAUCGCAGAUCCUGGCAUUCAUGCCGCCCAUCGUGGCAAGCACAAACAGCCAACUCGCCGGAUUGGUGUUUAAACAGGCCACGCUCCUCUAUCUCUGGAGCAUAUUCGGCACGCCGCAGCACAACGCCCCAAACACGAUGCACUCGGAUCUCAUGAACAGCGCUAUCAUGGAAGCGGUUUCAUUUCUCAGCCAGCUGCCGGCUUCGGAACGUGUCAAUACCAGUCUCUGUUGGCCGCUGGCGGUGAUUGGCUGCUGCACGACAGAUGCUCACGUCCAGCAUGUACUGCGGCAGAGACUACAGGCCAUGAUUGAUAUAAUUGGGCUGGGGAAUAUGCGUCAGACGCUGGCGCUGCUAGAGCAUGUUUGGGAGCAGCCACCUGAGAAUAUGAGCCCGUGGACGUUGCGGAGGGUGAUGCAGCAGUACGAGAUAUGGAUAUCGUUUGCGUGA